AAGUCUCCUCUAUUCUUGGAACUCACGAGUCCCUUCCUCUCUCUCCCCUCUCACAAUCUCUCCCUUUCUCCCUCUCUCUCAACCAGAGGGCUGGAAAAAGAGAAACCAAUCAAUGGGGAGCUACAGGAAAGAAAAGAAGCAAAAGAAAUUGCCAGACACCACAAAAGAUGAACUGGGUAGCUAUAACUACAGGAUGUUCAAUCUUUUUAACCGGAAAUUCAAGAUCACGGAGGCGGAGCCACCAAAUGAUGUUAAAGAAGCUUUUGCCAAGUUUUCAGGUGGUCAACGCUACAUUGGCGUCGACCAGUUUCGCAAGUUCCUUGUGCUCCACCAGGACAUGGUGGAUUGCACCUUGGCAGAUGCUCAGAGAAUGGUGGAGGAUUUCAUUAAUAAGAGACACCAUGCAUCCAAGUGUACCAGUCUUGGGCUUAAUCUUGAAGAUUUUUUCCAUUUUUUGCUUUUUGAUGACCUCAAUGGACCUAUAAUUCCUCAGGUACACCAUGAUAUGACUGCACCAUUGUCACAUUAUUUCAUAUAUACAGGACAUAACUCCUACCUGACUGGUAAUCAAUUGAGCAGUGAUUGUAGCGAGGUCCCAAUCAUAAAGGCUUUGCAAAGAGGUGUGAGGGUAAUUGAACUAGAUUUAUGGCCAGGUUCUGCAAAAGAUGAGAUUCUUGUUCUGCAUGGAAGGACCUUGACCACUCCAGUGCCAUUUAUCAAAUGCCUGAAGUCCAUAAGAGACUAUGCUUUUGUUAGUUCUCCAUACCCAGUCAUUAUAACUUUGGAAGACCACCUUACGCCAGAUCACCAGGCAAAAGUUGCAGAGUUGGUUACUCAAACAUUUGGGGGAAUGCUGUAUUAUCCUGAGUCAGAUUUUCUAGUUGAAUUCCCUUCUCCAGAAUCAUUAAAACAUCGAAUAAUUAUAUCAACCAAACCACCAAAGGAGUACCUUGAAUCUAGUGGUAUCAAGAUGAAAGGUUGCUCACCAGUUGGAAAGAAUUCAUCUGAAGAAGAUGAAGAAGAAGAAGAAGAAGCUGGGCUUGAAGCUGAUGAUAGGCAGAGCGAUAGUGACCAAGAUGAUGAAGAAUUUGACAAUAAAUCAGGAGAAUCAGCACCUGAAUACAGACGUCUAAUCACAAUCCAUGCUGGGAAACCAAAGGGUGCCUUGACGGACGCAUUAAAAGUUGCAGUUAAUAAAGUUAGACGCCUCAGUAUGAGUGAACAGGAACUUGAAAGGGCUGCCACAAAUCAUGGAAUGGAUUUAGUGAGGUUUACACAGGAUAAUAUUCUGAGAGUGUAUCCUAAGGGAACACGAAUCACCUCAUCUAAUUACAAGCCUAUCAUUGGGUGGAUGCAUGGAGCUCAAAUGAUUGCAUUUAAUAUGCAGGGAUAUGGCAAAUCACUUUGGUUAAUGCAUGGGAUGUUCAGGGCCAAUGGAGGGUGUGGUUAUGUUCAAAAGCCUGAUUUUUUAAUGCAGAACGACGAUGAGGUUUUUGACCCUAAAAGAAAACUAUCAGUGAUUAAGACGUUAAAGGUGAAAGUAUAUUUGGGUGAUGGAUGGCGGUUGGAUUUUAGCCACACGUACUUUGAUGCGUACUCCCCACCUGACUUCUAUACGAAGCUUUACAUUGUUGGGGUACCCGCUGAUGCUGCCCGCAAAAAAACGAAGAUAAUCGAGGACAACUGGGCUCCAGUUUGGAACCAGGAAUUUACCUUCCCAUUGACUGUUCCUGAACUAGCUUUGCUUCGGGUUGAAGUAAGAGAAUAUGACAUGUCUGAAAAGGAUGACUUCGGUGGACAAACAUGCUUACCUGUCUCAGAGCUAAGACCAGGGAUCCGAUCAGUCCCUCUUCAUGAUAAGAAAGGAGAGAAGCUUAAUAAUACAAGACUUCUAAUGAAGUUCGAGUUUUUGUAAAUUUACAUGCAACUACUGCUCAUACAAGGUAUAUGCUUUUGGAUUUUUCUUGCCUACAAUUAUCCACCGUCGAUUAAGAUACAAGAUAUAUUGUGAGACUUAUCUAUUAAAUACAUGUAUCUCAUAUGUUUGUCUAAGUUAUAUGAUAAACCAAGUUUAGGCAAGAAUUUCCUCAUACUUCUAUCUUAUAGCUGCCUUGCAACAUCUACGCAUUUUCCCUCAUAAUGGAUGUGUACAGAGAGGUAUUGUAAUUAGUUGAA